AAACCAACUUAAACAAGAACAACUAAAACAACUUUAAACCUUCUUUAUUGCUUAAAACCUGCUGAUCCCAUCCCAUCCAGUCACAAUUCCCAUCUUUAAUUUAAUAAUAAUCAUCUUCUCCACCACAACCCUAAUUUCAUUUCCAUUCUCAAUAUGCUCUGUUUUCUACAUUUGUGAUUUACAAUAUCAGGUGAACUAGAUCAAUCUUCUUAUUUGUGGCUUUGAGUUUGUUGAGAAUGUGUGUUUAUGUGGUCAAUUAAGAAGGUCAACCGUUUGUUGUGUGAUUAAAAUUGAAGCUACAGAUGUCUUUCAAAACUAUGCUUCAGGAAAUGAAGGAAGAAUUUGGGAAUAUUUCAUCACGGUGGAUCGUGGAUGAUGAUACUUCUGUAGAAACUGAUGAUGAUUUGAAGUUGAGGUGUUGGGCUAGCAUGCCUCAGGAGUUGUUAACAGAUAUAUUAAUGCGGAUCGAGGCUUCCGAAUCCAAUUGGCCUGCUAGAAAGAGUGUCGUUUCUUGUGCUGCGGUUUGUCGAAACUGGAGGAUGAUUGUCAAGGAGAUUGUUAAAUGUCCGCAAGUUUCGGGCAGCUUGACAUUCCCGAGUUCGUUAAAGCAGCCUGGUUCAGUGGGAUCACUAACACAAUGUUUUAUAAAGAGGAACCGCAACGCUCAAACGUAUAACCUCUACCUCAAUUUGACCGAAGCUUCGAAUGAUGACGGGAAAUUCCUUUUUGCUGCAAAGAGGUUUCGGCGCACUAUCUGCACAGAUUAUAUAAUUUCCCUAAAUGCUGAUGAUAUAUCAAAAGGCAGCAGUGGUUACGUAGGAAAGUUGAGAUCAAAUUUUCUUGGGACCAAGUUUAGAGUUUAUGAUGCACAGCCUACUAACGCUGCAGCUUUAGCAACGAAAUGUCAUUCCUCGAGGAUGGGGAGCGUCAAACGUGUAUCACCUAAAAUCCCUGCUGGAAAUUAUCCAAUUUCCAACAUUUCAUAUGAAGUAAAUAACCCGGGAACCAGGUACAGGGGUCCACGACAGAUGCGAUGUGUCAUGAAUUCAAUCCCUGCAAACGCUGUUGAACCACGUGUGGGUCCUACACAAACCGAUUUCCACCUCAGCGAUGCGGAUUCCUUUUCAUCUCUCUCUCUUUCCAGAUCAAAGUCAGCACAUGUGAGUGAUUCCCAUUUGGGAUCACUAGUGUUGAAGAACAAGAAUCCUAGGUGGCAUCAGCAACUGCAAUGCUGGUGCCUUAACUUUAAUGGGCGUGUGACUGUCGCUUCCGUGAAGAAUUUUCAGCUCGUUGCUUCCUUAGAGAAUGAAAAUGGAACUAAAGAACAUGAAAAGAUCGUUCUCCAGUUUGGAAAAAUUGGAAAAGAUGUAUUCACCAUGGAUUAUCAGUACCCCAUAUCAGCUUUUGAAGCGUUUGCUAUCUGCCUUAGCAGUUUUGACACCAAGAUUACUUGUGAAUGACUUACAGGUAUCAGGUCCUUUUGAACUGAAAUGUCUGGUUUCUAGAAGAAAAUUGUCUGCACUCAGUUGUUGUCUAAGCUGCAAUCAAACUACAAAUACUAAAGGGUGGUUUCUGUUUUUUUUUUCGCCUUUAUUUAUUAAUUUUAUUUUAUCUGUAAAUAUAUCUUGAUUAGCUAUUGAUUAUAGGAUGAUUCAUGUUGAAACUAAAUUUGAUUAUUCAGUAAUGUCUUUUUUCUUUUAA